GAACAUUACGCUACGGUUUGCAUAAUGGCAGAUGUCUUGUCACUCUUGCGAGAAUAUCAUCUCAGUGGAAAGCCUAUUGUUGAAACACAAAGUGAAGUCAUAUUCGGAGACUUCGCUUGGCCUAAGACUACUAAGACGAACUUCCUAGUAUGGGGGUCGGGAAAGGAAGGUACUCCAAAAGAUUAUUAUACGUUGGAUUGUGUUGUGCAUCUACUAAAGCAUAUUGAUUUGCCCCAUACUCAGUAUGUGCGACAAGCAGCAGUAAGAAGUUUUCCCGUUUGGGCGGUAAUAAUUGUUUCCAGAGUGCUGGUCUUCCAGUCGUACGACUUCCAGAUCGACGUGAUCUUUUAGCGUACCUAAAGGGUGAAGCGAAUACUGCACCAAAUAUUGAUAGAGCUGCACCAGUAGAUAUCUCUUUACGUCGGGCUGUAGCCAAGCAUGUUGAUAAUCACCUGCAUAUCCGAAGAGAUGCAAGUGAUUUACUGGGUCCAGAUGGUUUCAGUAUCGAUGCUGAUUCCAAACGAAUGCGACUCUCAAACAACGUUGAAGGUCUGGACGAAAGUAUGUUAGGUAGAGAGUCACAAGCUCGACUGAAAUCUGCGGUGCUUGAUGAUGAGGCGAUAGCACGUGAUAAACGUGACUUGGCUGCUAAACUGGAGAGCUCUUUUGGCAACCGUUCCUCUAGUUUUAUUCAACCUGACCAAGUUAAAUCAAGCACAUUACCCGAAGCCGUCCCAUUAGACAAAAUUCAGUCUUGGCGGGCUAAAUUUCGUGCAAUUCAACAACAAAGAAUCAAGACAGGUGAUACAGACCAGGCACUGGAAGUUCCUGUAACGAAUUAUUCUGGUCAGGAAGGAGAUGUCGGUUUAUCUACUCUAUCAUCCUUGGAUGCUCGAGAUUCUCGGGUUGGUCUUCAUAGUAUUGUACCCGGAGGUGAAUCUCAGUCCAUUAUCCGUAUUGACGAUAGUACUCAUGGUCAGUUAUAUUCCGGUAGCACUUUGCUCAGAGCUUCACUUAUGGCAGAUGAAGCACCAGUACGCGCAAUUGUAGCUCGUGAGCGUCGUUGGCGGACUCGUGUUUCAGUUUUGCAAAGUCAAGGCAAAACAUUCUACGAAAACAUUGUUUUGGGGAUUUUGCGGAAUGUAAUUUUAAAAGAAGACUCCCAUGCUGCUCCCGAUGCAAAAGCUGUUGGAAAGUUUGGCUUUAUUUCUACUAAUGCCCAACCAACCCUUUUUCCCCAACCAUUGGCUGUUGGGACUUACUAUUCUAAGCCUAAUGGCACCACGAAUUAUACGAACACUGGAUCAGCUAUGGCACUAAGUACUGGUCAACAUAUGUCGGUCUCCAACUCCACUGCUCAACAUCACUCACAGAUGCAUUAUUCAAGAUAUGAUCAAGAGCGUUUUGCUGGUGGUCGUGAGGAGACUGCUGGUUUUCGUAUUGAUACUAUGGGUACAUAUCAUGGAAAGGCUUUGGCAUCAAUGGUUUCUGUUGGUACACCUAAAUCUAAUCAAGACAAUUCUGUUGCUAGUGCAAAUACUGUCUGUACUCCAGGAACUACUUCUAGAUCAAUGGGAAAUGAAACUCCGAGUAUUCCUUAUGAACCACAACCACUUAGAGACCCUCGCGGUAUCAGUUCUGGCAUUCCCUUGACACCCAGUACGACUCCUGAUCCAUAUCGUGGCUUACGUUCCACCGCUGAUGCACGCCUUUCUGCUAGAACGAAAAUGAGAUCAUCUCGUAUCCCGAUUAUCAUUAUUCCUGCAGCACCAACCAGUUUGAUUACAAUGUAUAAUGCUAGGGAUAUUUUAGAGGAUUUACGGUUCAUUAAAUCCCAAGAGAAACAAGCAUCCGGUAUGCGUCGAGAAAACGAGAUACUUAUUCAGCGUCACAAAUCUGAUGGUCGAACAGUGCCUUAUCGUGUGGUUGAUCAACCAAAUAAAUUACUCUUAGAUGAAUGGAAUCGUGUUGUAGCUGUUUUUGUUCAAGGUCAAGCUUGGCAAUUUAAAGGUUGGCCAAUCAGUUCCGACCCAGCAGUAAUUUUUUCUCAAAGUAAUAAUUUUAAUGUUGAUUUUUCUAAAUUUGCAUUGGUAGUUUCAUUCAUUUUUACAGGAGCUCAUAUACUGAUUUAAUUUGUCGUAUCAUUAAAAUAAAAGGUAAUGAGCGGAUUACUGUGUCAAGUAUUAAACUUCCUUUAUUUCAAUGUAAGUUUUUACUCUAUGAUCACUAAGCUUGGCUGCCUAACUAUCGAAAAUUUCAGCAUGAACCCCUUCAGAUCGAUUCCGCGGUUCACUGAUUCUUACAUAAUCUAUUUGAGAAUCGAUCUCUCUUUGUACUAUAGUAAUUAACCGUCGGGUCAUUAGUUUUUGUUUUAUUCUGUCCGUAUACUUGCUACAAGUUAACUGUGAACUAAAUGUUGCAAAUCAGAAAGUUCUUAAUAUCCCAUAUUUCUUCAAUAUUCAAAUUAUUCACUUAAGUAAACAAUUUUUUACUGUACAACCAAGCUAUUUACACUACAUUUAUGCCUUUUACAUUCUCUCCUCAUACUUUUAUCAUAUUAUAAAAUAUCCUUGCCCAUUAGUUUCCAACAGUACUGGAAUCUAACACAGCUUCAAUGACCAAUAGUGUGUUAACGAUCCAUAAAUACAAUUUUUAGUAGGAAGAAAUUAAAUAUAUAUUGGUGUUAACCAUUGUUUUCAUUUAUUUGACUUUGAUAUCCAACUGUAUUAAUUCUAUGUAGUAACUGUUCAGUUUAUCAAUUUCAUCAUUGAUUAAAAUCUAUAUGUAAUGAAAUGAAUUCAUAUUUGUACUAAUCUGGGAUUUCCUAUCAAUGAUAGUUCUAGAGAAGCUUGGACUUUCGUUUCUAGUUAGUGGAAAAGGAAAAAGAGAGUAGUGAAAUCGGAGUUAGAAAUUAUUCGCUAAGUGCACAGACGUAUCCUAGUGAUUUGUUACAGAAACGUGUUAUACUUUUUGCGUUAUUAGUUGUUAGAGUAUCAUGUUGCUUACUAUUACCGAACCAAUUCGGACAUCUCCCAUCAUAUAAAAUCUUGAAUCAGGGAUCCAAUCCUAAAGUAAUCACGUGUCACUUUCGCCACACUACUACUACUAUUACAAGUUUUACAGCCGAGUGUUGAUUGACUCUUAUCUUGUAAUGUUUUUUCCUGUUUUCUAAAGUCAAAGGUUUUCAUUUGAAGUACACUAAUAUGCCAUUAGAUCCGAAUGUAGCCAAAUGGAAUGUACGUGUUAUUGAUCUGGAUCAACGGAGACAUCUAGACAAGGCAAAUUUCCAACAAAUUUGGGAUCAAUUAGAUAAGCAUAUUGCUAGAAAUAAGCCAUUUUUACGGUCUUAGGAAAAUAAAUGAAAAUUACCCUUUUUGUACAAAAGAAAUUCAUUUGUUUUAUUAUUUUUGAUUUGAAUUGUAAAAUAAAUUGCAUAGUGAUGUU